AUGGCUGCACAUUCAAGAAGAAGGCUCCUAAAGCUAUCAAGGAGAUCAGAAAGGGGGUUCCGAAGCGUCCCAAGGCGGAUCAGAGUUCGCAUUGCUCGCAAGAGAAAUGAUGAUGAAGAUGCAAAGGAGGAGCUCUACUCUCUUGUUACUGUGGCAGAAAUCCCACCAGAAGGCCUGAAGGGAUUGGGUACCAAGGUCAUUGACGAUGAUGAGGAAUGAUUUGAGCUUCUGUGGUCAGUUUUGUAUGUCGAAACUUAGUAGCUUCUUGUGAUUUUUGUCCUUUUUAGCUUUAGCCCAUCAACUAGGGUGUCUUUCUUUUCAGCUCUAUAGUCGCAAUCAUGUUAGUGCUUCUACUGGCAUGACUUCCCCCUAUACCCCUUUUACCUCAAAUUUUGACUUAAGGAUAAGUAAAUGAUCAAUUCAAUUUUCUUGUUGCUAGUAGAUUACAAAGGAAAUACAGUG